CUCUAGAAGACGAGUAAGAAAUCUACAGUUGCAUUGUACUCGAUCGUGAGGCAAAGUACAGUUUAUGUCCAAUAACAUGAUACCUGAGGAUAAUCAAAGCACCACAGCACUUGUGAAAAAAAACUGAUAAAGCCAAAAGUUCAAACACAGCGGAGCAGAUAAGAUGGUGGCAAGUGACAAGAUUUAAGUUGAAUCAUUUUAAUACAUUCCAUUUAGAAACAAGUACGCUGAUCUUACAAAUUUUGUGGUGGCUAAACCCUCAUAAAGGAGAAAAAGAUUAACGUUGCUCAGUGUCUGAAAACUGCCUUCAGUUGUCACUAAAAUGAGUAUGGAUGACUUAUGCCUACCUCAAACUCUGAAAAUCUUAUCAUCCCAUUUGUGUUUUUGAUGUAAUUAUUUAUAUAUCAUCCCAUUUGAGGUUUGGGUAAUACUGCCCGAGCUUCUCCAUUUUUGCGUUGCGGAUUUUAUCCAAUAAUCCAUGAGCGUGACAACGACAGAAACUAUUCUGAUCGAAAAAGCUGUUUGUGAAAACAAAACCGGGGAACUUAACACCCCCCCCCCCACACACACACACACACCUCCGAAAGGAAAUCAUAGCUACGCCCAUUGCAGGUUUAAAUAGGGAAUUACUACGCAUUGCGUCCUCCUUCGGCAAAGGAACAUCUCGAAUUCGUUUCGAGAUAACCCGUCUCUGUCUCAGGCUUGGCCUCAAACUCGUUCGGUAAGAACAACAUGCCUUUAAUGUUUGAGCUGUGCCCAGGUAGGAUGAUCGGAGGGGAUCAUCCAUGUUUUGUUAUCGCUGAAAUUGGACAAAACCACCAGGGAGACAUUGAGAUAGCCAAGAAAAUGAUCAAAAUGGCAAAGGACUGCGGUGCCGAUUGCGCCAAGUUCCAGAAGAGUGAGCUGGAGUACAAGUUUAACAAACGUGCUUUAGAGCGUCCUUACAAGACUAAAAACUCGUGGGGGGAAACAUAUGGUGAACACAAGCGCCACCUGGAGUUCAGCCAUGAGCAGUUCAGGGAGCUGCAGAAGUAUGCCAAGGAAGUGGGCAUCUUCUUCACUGCCUCAGGGAUGGAUGAGAUGGCAGUCGAGUUCCUCCAUGAGAUAAAAGUGCCUUUCUUCAAAGUGGGCUCAGGAGACACUAACAACUUCCCCUACCUGGAAAAGGCUGCCAAGAAAGGACGUCCCAUGGUGGUGUCCAGUGGGAUGCAAUCCAUCGAGACGAUGCGUCGGGUGUACAAGACGGUGAAAGAGCACAACCAAUACUUUGUCAUCCUGCAGUGUACCAGCACUUACCCUCUUGAGCCUAAGGAUGUCAACCUCAGAGUGAUCACAGAAUUCCAGAAAGAAUUUCCCGAUAUCCCAAUUGGUUAUUCUGGCCACGAGCCUGGAAUCAGUAUUUCAGUGGCAGCUGUUGCCCUUGGGGCUAAGGUCAUAGAGCGUCACGUCACACUCGAAAAGACCUGGAGGGGAAGUGACCACGCAGGGUCUCUGGAGCCCGCUGAACUGGCUGAGAUGAUUCGUUCCAUCCGACUCGUGGAGACGGCACUGGGAAGUGGCGUCAAGAAGAGGCUGCCCUGCGAGGUGCCAUUCCAUAGAAAGCUGGGGAAGUCUGUGGUGGCCAAGGUGAAGAUCCCCAAAGGAACCGUCCUGAGUCUGGACAUGUUGGCAGUGAAGGUGGCCGAGCCCAUGGGUGUCGCGGCUGAAGACAUCUACCGGCUGGUUGGCAAGUCUGUAAAAGAAGACGUGGGUGAAGAUGAGAGCGUCAUCCCAGAGGUGGUGGACGGCCUGUAGCGAUUGUCAAAAACGAGCUACAGACGAACACACAUUAUUGUAUUGAUUGCCCAGGAGUCAAAAGUUAAUUCCCAAUUUCACAAAAAGGAGAAUGGAUUAUACAAAUUUGCUUCAUGAUUAUGAUCAUUGCUCACUAUACAAAUUCAUUGCUGGUUUGAUCAUUUGUAUGCAUUAAAUGAAGAUUGAAAACAAAAAAA